AGAUUAAAAUCAUUCGAAAUUGCAAAAGAAUAACAGCGUGGCAACGUGCGUAAAAAGGCGCAGCGGUUUGGAUUUGGUACCUGCGCAAGCCUGGACAACAUUUUUCUAUACUUAAGUUAUUAAAAUAGCAGAUUUAAACCACAACAGAAGCACGUUUCAGUGGUGAUCGAAGAGACAUUUACCAAUGCUGAACGGCGGUACCGUAGUUGGUCGGAGCACUUUUCCACUCUCUCCUCUCCCUCUGAUGUAGUGGCAGUUGUGCAGUUUUUCUGAUACGCCUCCCAGCUGCGAAGAUGACACAUGCUCCUCUCACGGAGGAGACUCUGACGGCUCGUCCCUGCUGCGCUUUCCUCUCUGAUCAAGUUGGACUUAUUUUUUUCUCACGGAGCGCAAAAUGAUUCACAACCACCUGUUCCUGAAAGGGACGAUCGUCAUCUGGACGCUACUUCUGGGUCAGACAGUUCUUGGUCAUGUCAAGACCCAUUCACAUGCCGAAGAUGAACUCUUCAAGACGCUCUUCUCUGGUUACAACAAGUGGUCAAGACCUGUCCCAAACAUCUCUGAUGUGGUUAUAGUCAAGUUUGGACUGUCCAUAGCCCAGCUCAUUGAUGUGGAUGAGAAAAACCAAAUGAUGACAACUAAUGUGUGGUUAAAGCAGGAGUGGAAUGACUACAAACUUCGCUGGAGACCGUCUGACUAUGACAACGUAACGUCCAUCAGAGUCCCAUCGGAGCUUAUAUGGGUCCCAGAUAUAGUUCUCUAUAACAAUGCUGAUGGCGAGUUUGCUGUGACCCACAUGACCAAAGCUCACCUGUUCCACAAUGGUAAAGUGCGCUGGGUCCCGCCUGCCAUCUACAAAAGCUCCUGCAGCAUCGACGUCACCUUCUUCCCCUUCGAUCAGCAGAACUGUAAAAUGAAAUUUGGCUCCUGGACCUAUGACAAAGCCAAGAUCGACCUGGAGCGAAUAGAAAACACUGUGGAUCUCAACAACUACUGGGAGAGCGGGGAAUGGGCCAUCAUCAACGCUGUGGGAACAUACAACACCAAGAAAUAUGACUGUUGCCAUGAGAUCUACCCAGACAUCACCUACUUUUUCAUCAUCCGAAGGCUUCCUUUAUUUUACACAAUCAACCUCAUCAUUCCCUGCUUGUUGAUCUCAUGCCUGACCGUCUUAGUUUUCUACCUGCCCUCAGAUUGCGGUGAGAAGAUCACUCUUUGUAUCUCAGUCCUUUUGUCCCUCACUGUGUUCCUCCUGCUCAUAACGGAGAUCAUACCCUCCACGUCUCUUGUCAUUCCUCUCAUCGGCGAGUAUCUCCUCUUCACUAUGAUCUUCGUCACCCUGUCCAUCGUCAUCACAGUAUUUGUGCUAAACGUGCACCAUCGCUCACCCAGCACUCACAAGAUGCCCCGCUGGGUCCACUCCGUGUUCCUGGACCUGAUCCCACGUUGGCUGUUCAUGCGCAGGCCGGCGCCUGACGGCCGGCGCCGCAGGCUGCUGCUACUCCAGCAGCAAAUAGCAGCAGAGAGGCGGCAAAUGCAAAUAGGGUAUGACUCAAGCCAUUGCAUCAGCACCUCUUAUACCUGGAUGAGAGAUGGGAGCACUCUGGAAAACCCAGAGAGAAGCUGCUAUGAGGACUUGGAGCUGGGAACGCUGACGUCAUAUUUCUCCUUUCGGCCCCCCUCUCCGAGACCUCCAGGGUUGACUCCUCCACUGCAACAGAAAAAACCCCAGAGCAGCCAAAACUUGCAAGAUGGUGCUGCAGGAUUGAACAGGCAGCUCUCUGGAGCAAGGUUUAAUUCCCCACAGCAGGCACCUAAAGAGGACAGUUCAGCAUUAGAGUCACCUUGCAUACUUUCACCAAGUGUAAUACGGGCAUUACAAGGGGUUCACUACAUUGCAGACCAUCUGAGAGCUGAAGAUGCAGAUUUCAGUGUGAAGGAGGAUUGGAAGUAUGUUGCCAUGGUCAUUGAUCGGAUCUUCCUGUGGAUGUUCAUUAUUGUGUGUCUGCUUGGCACAAUAGGACUCUUCCUACCACCAUGGUUGGCUGGCAUGAUUUAGGUUUCGUGAGGAAAGGUAAAAAAAAUAAAAUCUGUAGCUGGACUCUGAUUUAUUGUUAAUGUUUUUUGUUUUAAUGGCACAACUUCUGUGGGCUCAGAAGUCACCUAUUAAAAAAACAAUGACAUUGACUUCAUAUUUAUUUUAAAGGACUUCAAUAAAACUCCAUCGGGAUCGACAGCAGAAUGCUAAGAAGUGUGUUCAGAAAUAAACACGAAUGCUUACAUUAAAUUAGUGGUGAGAUUUAUUAACUUGAUAUUGAUGUGAAAUUAUGCAACAGAUGUAAGGCUGAACACUUUUGUGUUCAGCCUUACACAGCCAAUAGUGUGUCAUUGACUUACAUACAAUGACACCCCAGACACAGAAACAAAUUUGUGUUUCUGUGUCCAUCACAGAAACACAAAUUUCUGUGACGGACCAAAAUCUAUGACUAAAUUUCUAUUGGAACCUCAGUCAUUCAAAUGAUCAAUGUUGUCAGCAUUGUACUUAUAAGGUAUUGGACCCUGUUGUCAUGUUUUCUUUUUAAUCAUUUAGUUCCUGUCAUGUUGUUAUUUCUCUAAUUUUAGUAUUGGCGACAUCCUUCCUCUCUGUUUACUUGUUUGUUUGUUUGUUUUGUUUGUAGCCAUCAUUUCCUUCAGCUCCUCUGUGAGCAACGUGUACACGAGCAUGACUGACAUUGAUAAGAGAUUAUUCCUUGACCUGACCAGUUGUUUCUGAAGUGUGUGUUUUUUUUUCAGCAGCAGGAGAAGUAGGAGGAGCUUGUUUUUUCCCCCCACAGCUGAUCUAUAUACUUGCUUUUUUAAUUUUACUCUUUUGUUCUGUGUCCUCAUAAAAAAAAAAAAUAAAACACUUGUGAUAGCCACAAACCUUUACUUUGUGGCUAUCAAGGGUUAAAGAAAGGACACAUUCUGUA